AUGGAAGAACUUGAACUGAGCCCUAUUUCCACGGCGCACAGAGAAGAUACCCCUGAGGAUGCGACCGAGCCGUCUCUGCCGCCUACCGACAGCGGGAGAGAUGCGUGGCUGGUUCUGGCUGCGUGCUGCAUCCUGGAGGCUCUUGUCUGGGGGUUUCCUUUCGCCUAUGGCGUAUUCCAGGAAUAUUAUUCUCGUCAAGAGCAGUUCUCUGGGAACAAACAUCAGCUUGCCGCUAUCGGAACAACUGCGACGGGUACCAUGUACGUAACUGCUCCGAUUGUCUACAGCAUCCUAAAACGGUAUCCCCAAUAUCGAAAGACGAUCAGCGUAACGGGCUUCGUUGUUGUGGCAGCAAGCCUGAUUGGUGCGUCAUUCGCAAACUCUUUUCCAGCUCUUCUGGCGACGCAAGGCGUGUUGUACGCACUUGGCGGGUCACUGCAUUACUUCCCAGCGUAUAUCUACCUCGACGAGUGGUUCGUGAAACGGAGAGGUUUCGCGUAUGGCGUCUUCAUUGCCGGCGGCGGUGCGGCCGGUAUUGUGGUGCCCCUGUUGAUGGAAUGGAUUCUUCACACUUGGGGCUUCCGCACGGCCUUGCGUGUCUGGGCUGUCGUCUGCAUCGUGAUUACCACGCCAGCUCUCUUCUUUCUGAAAACUUACCCACCUAGAAACCAUCAAGAUCGAGCGCAACAGCACAGAUUCGACGUGAGAUUCCUCAAAAGUCCCGCCUUUUGGAUCCUGUCACUCGGCAACGUGAUCCAGAGCCUGGGGUACUUCAUGCCAUUAUUGUAUCUGCCGUCCUAUGCUGUGGCACAAGGAUGGUCCCCUCUUACGGGCACGAUUGCUAUAUCGCUCUGCAACGGUGCAAACGUGAUCGGCGCCACCUUCGUUGGCUGGCUCACUGAUCGCUACCACGUCACGAUCGCCCUCAACUUCUGCACCUUGGGCACCAUAGUUGCCGUCUUCAUUUUCUGGAGUUUCGCCACAUAUCAGCCAGUGCUCUACAUCUUCGCCCUCACCUACGGUCUGUUCGCCGGCGGGUUUCCGGCGACAUGGUCGGGAUGCUGUCAUCCCGUUCGUCGCAGGUAUCCGGUUGAGACGGGCAUGAUCAUUGCGCUCUUCACCGCUGGAAAGGGAAUCGGGUCUGUCAUAUCGGGCCCUCUUAGUGGUGCCCUGGUGGCGUCUGACAGCUGGAGGAAUCGGGUCGGAUAUGCAUACGGCAGUGGCUAUGGUUACUUGAUUAUCUUUUCCGGUAUCACCGCUUCAUUCGCUGGAAUUGGUUGGAUUGGAAAGAGAUGGAGAGUCGACCCUGCUGAAGGAGCGCCUCAUCACCGCCAUCAAUCCUCUCUCGAAGAUGUUUUGGACUUUCCACCUCUUCCCCCGCUGUCACCCGAUCAGCGAGACGCUGCGCAGCGGAAGUUUCACCACAUCAUUGAUCACUUUGAAAGGCUCAACCCUGAUCAGUGGCUGCAUCGUCGAUAUAAUUGGCCGGUUCUUCUGCGGCUGACGUACGAGCACUCGCGGUCUGAAGAGUCGCAAAAGCACUUUCUGCGAGCCUUUUUCCGUUCCAUCUCCCUUUCUCUAGAUGGAGAGGAUGUCGACUUUAGUAGGGGUGGUGUUGAAGAGAUCCUGCAGCCUCUGAUCGUCGGGUUUGCAGAUUACUUGGUCGACAACUUCUUCUUACCAAUGAAAGCGACCUCCCGUGCAACCCCACAGCCCACGCCUGAAUUUCAUUCUUCUGUUCUCAUGUUGCAGGGCGCGAACAACGAGUAUCCAGGGACCCCAAACCGGCUCUCUGCGCUCCGCGGUACAUGCCUUUUGCGCGACCGUCACCGCUGUGUAAUCUCUCGUGCAUUUGAUCUAACUGAAGCCUUCGCCCGUCGACAAAAAUACGGCUUAAAUUAUCGUGACGAUGAUGGGAAUGUCCUGACACCUCCAUUCGAGGCCCUAGAAGUGGCUCACAUUCUUCCUCACUCGUUGAUGAAAGCAGGGUCUACAACAGAAGCUGAGAAUUCUAGGAAUGCCGCCCUUUCGAUUCUGAACAUGUUCGAUGUUGGUGUCUCUCACCUUAUUAGCGGCACUGAUAUUGACCGCCCAAUGAAUGCUCUCACCCUAACUCAGCAGAACCAUCACCUUUUUGGUGAUUAUCGAAUCUUCUUCACACAAAUUCCUAAUCAACAACCUCAUACGUAUAGGAUAGAGACAUUUUUCCCCGACAUGCUCCCAGCGUUUCCUCUUACCCGGACCCUCUACGUUACAGAGGAUCGGACUAUCGAACCCUCAUCACCACGGCUGUUGGCUAUUCAUCGCGCAAUCGCCCACAUCCUACAUCUUUCGGGGGCGGGCGAGUACAUCGAUAAACUCCUUCGGGACCUUGACAGCCAGCUUGUCCGGGAGGAUGGGUCCACAGAGCUGGCUCGCCUCGUGACUUUGGGUCUAGGUGGGUGGCUGGAUGGGAGAGUUAAUGCAUAA